AUGGUGAAGUUGGGCUGUAGCUUCUCUGGGAAGCCAGGCAAAGACCCUGGGGACCAGGAUGGGGUUGGCACGGACAGUGUCCCUCUGAUCAGCCCCCUGGACGUCAGCCAGCUUCAACCACCGUUCCCAGACCAGGUGGUCAUCAAGACGCAGACGGAAUACCAGCUGUCCUCCCCCGGGCAGCCCAAGAAGUUCCCCGACCUGGAGGCCCAGAAGCCGAGCUGCAGCCACCCAGAGGAAGGGCGCAAGCUGCCCACAGCGCGGAUGAUCGCCUUCGCGAUGGCGCUCAUGGGCUGCGUGCUGAUCAUGUACAAGGCCAUCUGGUAUGACCAGUUCACCUGCCCCGACGGCUUCCUGCUUCGGCACAAGAUAUGCACACCGCUGACGCUGGAGAUGUACUACACCGAGAUGGACCCCGAACGUCACCGCAGCAUCCUGGCGGCCAUCGGGGCCUACCCGCUGAGCCGCAAGUACGGCACGGAGAUGCCCUCGGCGUGGGGGGAGAGCUACCGCACCCCCGCCAAGGACGACCCCAAAGGACCCACCCAGGCGGGGGCGGCGGCAGACCCCCAGCCGCCAAGGAAGCCCCCGGCCAAGGGCGAGAAGGAGGAGGCCCGGAAGGCGACCGGGAGCUCGGCGCCCCUGUCGCCACAGUGA